AUGUGGAGCGAACCGCAGGCGGUAUUUGUUGGCGAGUCCUUCGAGGUGUUCUGCAGGUGCAAUACCUCCAGUGUUCAGCUGGAGGAUAUGUACUUCAAGCCGAGCAAUUUGGAGCAACGAUUGGAAAGUACACCCAUCGAUGAGUACACCAUAAAGCACCGAGAAGAGGUCGACAUUCCCAGGCAGUUCGUUAGAAUUCACUGUAUGUCUGGAGAGGAUUUCCUGGGAGAACUCUAUGUGAAGGUGGUUCCAAUUCUAAAUGUGACCGGCUUUCAAUGCCGUAAACCUCCCACCGAUAAUGAGGCAACGUGCGCCUUCAAAGAGUUGGGACACGCGGCUAUCAUACCCAAGAAGAGCUACUCAUUGAGCAUCGAUGGCCUAUCAAGUAUUCCGUGCUUUAAGGGCACUUACUACUCCAGUUGGAUUGAGUGUCCAGGUCUUUACAUUCCCAGAGACUCCAAGUAUGCGCCCAACCACCAGAUCCAACUUUUAAUGGAAUACGAGGGACAUAACCAGACGCAGGUGUUCCCCAUGACCCUCAGGGGAAUCACGGUACCAGAUUGGCCCAUGACCCAGCCGCAAUUUAAACAGGACAGCUCAAAGAUCUGCAUCAAAUGGACGCACACAGAUCACAGUUCUCCUGUGGCGGUCUCACAAAAUUGGAGAAUUGAGAUUCAUUCCGGAAACGCAAAGAUCAAGCCUCUUUUGAUUGAAAUUCGUGUUACUCCCAUGUUUGGUCAAGAAUUCUGUUUGCCUCGGCUGCCAUUUGCCAACCAGGUCUACAGUUUCCGGUUCAGGCGUCGAUAUAAUGUAACCGGAGCUCCCUGGUCAACAGAGUUUGAAACCAGGGAAAUUAUAAGCAUUCCUGAUAUUCCUGCUCGACCGCCGGAUUUACUACCCAAUGGAUUCUAUCACGAUCCGGAGAAGAAGGAGCUUUAUGUCUUUUGGCGGCAGCUGAACGACGUGGAGCUCAACGGACCCAACUUUACGUAUGCCGCAGUUACGGACUCUGGCAAGAAGCCAUCAUCCAUCGACAGCAAUAGCGUCCUUUUCAACGAUUGGGAUCCCACACUCUCUACCAUCAUAUACGUUUGGAGCCAGAACUCUGUGGGAGCCUCGACGAAAAGCAAUUGGUUGGAGGUGCCCAUACUGCUCUCCGGGUCCCGUCAGCCACUGGGGUUGAGGUACCACGAGGAUAACUACACUUUGACCUGGCAGGCUCCAGAGGAACAGCAAGGACUUACUGGCUACGCCAUCUCCUGGUGCCUGGGUUCAACAAGCCGAUAUCAGAUCUGCAACGAUCAAGAGUCCAUAAGCCUUGAGAUGGUUCAAGGAUCCCAGCUUCAUUUUCAGUUCAACCAAUCGAUGCUUCUGUCCAAUAUGGGUGUGGUAGCCACUUACAAGGAUGUACCAAGUGGCGGCAUGAGGUGGAUCGGUGCAGGAUUUCCAAGUGAUCCCAAGGAAGUGAUAAAGACUAUGGGUCUGAGUUUAAUACAGGUUAUUUCAGUUAUAAUUUCCGCGGUCACACUACUUUCUUUGAGCUUUGUGUCCUUUCGGAAACUACGAAAGAUGGCCAAUAUCGAGGUUUCCCUGCCACCCAUUCUAUUUAAAUCUGUGGAUAUUGAGAUCUCUGUUCCUGACCCACCUGUCUCCAUCGUUGUGCCGGGAAACUUUUCACCAAAAGGUGUGCUUACCAUCGACAUACUGACCAGGGAAUGUUCAGUCGAACAGGAAGAAGCUCCGCCUGAUGAGGAAUAUCUUUCACAGUCUCCAACACCAUCUACUGUUUCAGCAAGUUCUUCAAAUGAAAAGCUGGAUGAACCAGAGGCCCAAAAUCGGCCUAGUCCAUAUGUCACUAUGGGCAUUGGUUAUGUUAGAUCUCCUUUUUAG